GUGAGGGAGGAUCAGUGUGUAAUGGUCAGUGCUGUGAGGGAGGAUCAGUGUGUAAUGGUCAGUGCUGUGAGGUGGUGUGGCAGGCAGUGUGGGUCAGUGAGGGAUAUUGAGACGUGGAGCAGGGGAGAGACAGGCCCGGUCUCAGACAGGGAGAAACGUGAGCCUUGUCUCCUGGGAGCCACGUCUGCUGCUCUCUGUUUUCACUCCAACUGUUGUGAAUUUCAUUUGUUUUGGAAGCUCAGAGGCUUAUACCCCCACCCCCACCACUCCUUCUCGUCUGCACACCGCACAAGGACAGGAUUUAAUAGAAACCAAAUGUGGGUAGCCAUUGCCAUCCAAACAAUCCUGUUUUUCCUUCAGAAUCUACGGCAGUGACUUCAUAAAGAGUGAGAAAGGAGGGCUAUUGUGACACAAACUGUUCUACGUGUGCAGUGGUCGGUGCUGUUAAUAGUGGUGAAUGUUCUUGAAUGUAGAGGUGGACCAGCUUUCUGUGUCCAGAUCGGUUUUCCCUCCUUGUCACAGAUGUGAAAUUUGAUUCUUGACCACCCCUCCCCCCUCUUUUUGUCGAAACGCACGCACGCACGCACACACACAUGCGCAACCAGCGAGGACUGGUUUGCAUACCACCCCUCCCCCUCCAAACACUAAUAAAGCCACUCCCUUGGCCCCCAUCCACAUGUUUCCUGAUAUCAUUUCCCUGUGGUCUGGUCCAGUUAACCGCUGCUCCCGCCAGCCAACCACGGCCUGACAGCGCCACGCUCUCUUCCCUCGCCCCCACGCCAGGAGGAAGCAUCCGGUUACUGAAGUGACCCAGACGUCAUCAGCGUCCUCUAUACAGCAGUUUUGAUUGGCUAAAAGAGACUGCACCCACCCAUCAAGGCCGCUCCUUUUUAACCCUGUUAGGGACAGAUAUCUCAAGAGUGAAGUAGUCACCAGUUUCUACAAGCACACUGCCACGAUCAAAGGAAAUUUCAGAAGAGAUGAGGGAAGAUUUUUCCAAGUACGCAGUGACAACUCAUCCAGGAAUCACAAAAGAUCCCAGAAGAAUAUCCAGAGAGCUUCAGACCCCUCUCGCCUCAGCUAAGCAAAUGGUAAUGAGCCUUCGUGUUUCGGAGCUCCAAGUACUACUGGGAUACGCGGGACGCAACAAGCACGGGCGCAAACACGAGCUGCUGACCAAGGCUCUGCACUUACUGAAGGCCGGCUGCAGCCCCGCCGUGCAGAUGAAAAUAAAGGAACUGUACCGCCGCCGCUUCCCCACCAAGAUGGUGUCCUCGGCGGAGCUGGCGCUGCCCAGCGUGCACUCCACCACCAGCGCCCUGCCCGCCGGCCUCACCCAGCUGGGCUUCGACGGGCACGGGGCCCCCUCCCCCCUGCUCCCCGUCUCCCUGCUGGGGCCCAAACACGAGCUGGGCCUGCCCCACCUGCCCUCCGCCCUGCACCCCGUGCACCCCGACGUCAAGCUGCAGAGGCUGCCCUUCUACGACAUGCUGGACGAGCUGAUCAAGCCCACCAGCCUGGCCUCAGACAACAGCCAGCGGUUUCAGGAAACAUGUUUUGCUUUUGCGUUAACGCCUCAGCAGGUCCAGCAGAUCAGCAGCUCCAUGGACAUCUCUGGGACCAAAUGUGACUUCACUGUUCAAGUCCAGCUAAGAUUUUGUUUAUCAGAAACGAGCUGCCCUCAGGAAGACCACUUCCCGCCAAACUUGUGUGUGAAAGUAAACGCCAAGCCCUGCAACCUCCCGGGAUAUCUUCCACCAACCAAAAAUGGUGUUGAACCAAAGCGACCCAGCCGACCCAUCAACAUUACCUCACUGGUCAGAUUGUCCACCACAGUCCCCAACACCAUUGUGGUGUCAUGGACAUCUGAAAUCGGAAGGAGCUACUCCAUGGCCGUGUACCUGGUGAAACAGCAGACCUCCACAGUGUUGCUGCAGAGACUACGGUCGAAAGGCAUCCGGAACCCAGACCACUCCAGAGCCCUCAUCAAAGAGAAGCUGACGGCGGACCCCGACAGCGAAAUCGCCACCACCAGCCUGCGCGUGUCCCUGCUGUGCCCGCUGGGGAAGAUGCGGCUGAUGAUCCCGUGCCGGGCCAUCACCUGCUCGCACCUGCAGUGCUUCGACGCCACGCUCUACAUCCAGAUGAACGAGAAGAAGCCCACCUGGGUGUGUCCCGUCUGCGACAAGAAGGCGCCGUACGAGCACCUCAUCAUCGACGGGCUGUUCAUGGAGAUUCUCAACAGCUGUGUGGACUGUGAUGAGAUCCAGUUUAAGGAGGACGGGAGUUGGGCCCCCAUGAGGUGGAAAAAGGAAGUGCAGGAGGUUCCUGCCUCCUAUAACGGGCUGGAAGGGGCGUGUCGGACAGCCGUGUCGGAGCAGAGGAACAGCUCGUCCCACAGCAACAGUAAGAAGGUGGAGGUGAUCGACCUGACGCUGGACAGCUCCUCGGACGACGAGGACGACGACCAGCCGCCCCCCAAGAGGACCUGCCCCUCCCUGUCCCCCGCCUCGCCGCCCGUCAACAAGGGGGUGUUGAAUCUCCACCCACAAGCUUCACCAGUGUCCCGGACUCCCAGCAUGCCCCCCGUCGACACCAACUACAUCCCCCCGCCGCCGCCCCUCAUUCAGGACUACCGCCACUACUACCACACGCCCAACGACCUGUCGGAUCUGAAUUUCUUUUCCUUUUUACAAGGUGACAAUCAUCAGCAUUACAACAUGGUGAUGGCGGCAGCGGCGGCCGCCUCGGCGUCGGACGACCACGACCUGCUGCUGAACCGCUUCCUGCCCUACAGCUCCUCGCAGAUGUUCCUGGAUCAGCCGGGCACGCCGGUGAGCAGCAGCGCGCUGGUGCCCGUCAACGGGGGCAGCAGCAACGGGAGCAGCAGCAGCCUGGUGUCGUCCAGCAGCCUGCGCGACGGGCACGCCCACCCGGCCGCGUCCCGGGCAAGCGCCGAGGCCGCCGCCCUCUACGGCUCCAUCCCCGACGUCAUCUCGCUAGACUGACCCCGGGGCGCGGCCCGCGCACCGCCACGGCAAGAAGAGGCGUGAACCCGAACCGCGUGGGGGAGGGGCGGGGGAGAGGGGGAGGAGUUAAGGUCUUUUUAAAGAGAAAAACGCCUGAAAAAAGGAGGGAAGAACGAAGAAGUGUACAGAGAACAAAAAAUAUAUUUUCAGUUUUACUUUUGUACAUAAACUUAGGACUUUUGCCUGUUCAGUGAGUAACUUCAGUUGAUAUUUUUCUGUGGAUACUGAAGAUUUUUUCAAAGCUUAUACGUCUGUUGUCCUUUGAUUAUUAUUAUUAUUAUUAUUAUUAUUAUUAUUAUUAUUAUUAUUAUUAUGCCUUUUGUACUUCAUUUCUUUUUUCUUUUCAUUUUAUUGUUCCACAUCAAUGGCAUUAUUUUCAGUGAUACUGUUUGGCUUCUAAAGUAACCAAUCUCUCUUCCAUUUUAAAUCGUAGGAGUCUUUUUCUCAGAAAGAAUUAAGUCUCGGUGAUUGACGAUGUGUUUUAUUAUUUUCUGUGCAGAUUAUUUUAUGCUUUUAAGUUAUGUAAAAUAUAUGCAUAUAUUAACUGUU